AUGGCCGUCCGCGGCGGCAACGCCCUGACGCCUUUCUCCAUCCAGGCCAUCCUCAACAAGAAGGAGGAGCGCGCCCGCCACGCGGCGGGGCGGCCGCCGCUCCCGGGGGCGGCCGGCGGCUGGCGGCUGUGCGGAGCCGCCGAGGUCCCGCCGCUUCCCUCGCCCGCCGCCUCCGCCCGCGCCGCGGCCCUGCGGACGCCGGCGGGCUGGGACUCGGACUCGGCGCUCAGCGAGGACCCCGAGGGCGAGCGGCGCACCGAGGAGGAGGGCGCCGGUGGCAGCUCCCGCCUCGCCCAAGCCGCGGACGGGGAGCGGCCGGCGGUGGCAGAGGAGGAGGCGCGGCCCCCGGAGGCGGCGGAGCGGGACGCCGCCGGCCUCAGUGACAGCGAGAUGUCGGCUGCCGUCUCAGAUCGCAGCCCGCCGGAGGAGGAGGACGGAGCGGGCAAGUGCGGAAAGCUGCUGCCGGGGGAGGAGGAGGCGGCGGCCCCGAAGCCGCGGAAGAAGCGCUCCCGCGCAGCCUUUUCCCACGCACAGGUCUUCGAGCUGGAGCGGCGCUUCAACCACCAGCGGUACUUGUCGGGGCCCGAGCGGGCCGACCUGGCUGCCUCCCUCAAGCUUACCGAGACGCAGGUGAAGAUCUGGUUUCAGAACCGGCGCUACAAGACCAAGCGGCGGCAGAUGGCCGCCGACCUCCUGGCUGCCGCCCCUGCCGCCAAGAAGGUGGCCGUCAAGGUGCUGGUGCGCGACGACCAGAGACAGUACCACCCCGGCGAGGUGCUGCGGCCACCCUCGCUGCUCUCCCUCCAGCCCUCCUACUACUACCCCUACUACUGCUUGCCCGGGUGGGCUCUGUCCACCUGCGCCGCAGCCGCCAGCACCCAGUGA